AUGCACCUCUCACAUCAUCCUUAUCUCUAUUCAACCUCGUUCCACCCACUCUACCUUCUCAUAGCUCCCACACAUAUACAGCUUGAAAAUUUGCAGUUGUUGCGGUGUUGCAGCGUUCUUCCGGCAGUUUGUGAAUUGGCUGAAAUUGUUGUGCGGGGACGGAUUGGUAGUAUUGUGAAGUUAACUGGUUUUAUUAAAAUUAAAGGGGACGAUGAAGUAGAUGGUGAAGUUGAAGAGGAAGUCACUGCAAACGAGGAGGACGCCAUAGCAGUUGCUGAUGAUAAAAUUUCCGAUGCGGCGGAAGUUGACAACGUAAUGAGACCCUCUCCUGACGUUCAUGUGGCCUUUAUUUUUACUCAGCCUGAAAAUUCAGAAGAUCUUCCUGGCGGGAAGCUUGUUCAGUUCCUAAUGGGAUUUCAAAAUCGUGGCGAGAAAGAUUUCACUGUAAACUUUUGCGAAACUUCUUUCCGGUAUCCUCAGGAUUUCAGCUAUCACAUACAGAAUUUCUCGAGGGUGCAGUAUAAUCGUGUUGUAGCCGCUAAACAGGAAGCUAGCUUCAACUAUGCCUUUUAUCCGUCUGAUCAAUUCGCUGGUCGACCAUUGGGGCUUGUCGUAGAAUUACGAUAUGAGGAUAGUGAUGGGAAAGCAUACAAAAGCACAGUUUUCAACGAGACUGUAACGAUUGUUGAGGAUGAAUCAAAUUUCAACACAGAAACUGGGUUCUUAUACGUCAUUUUUGCGGCUGUUGUUGUGUUAAUAUUAUUGGCUGGACAGCAUUUCCUUUCCAAGUUGACAAGGAAACAUGGAAUGGCCAAAAGUCGACAAACACCACCGAUUGAGAUAGGCACUAGCAACAAGAACGAAGUCGAUUUCGAAUGGAUCCCGCGUGAAGUGCUUAAUCACAACAAGUCGCCGAAACCAGGAUCUCCUAGACAGCGGAAACAAAUACAGCGGUUAGAAUAA